UGGUCCAAAAACACGAGUGCCACACCAAAUACACAAUAAAAACUCCCAAGUCCCAACUCUAAACCCCAGAAUCUUCUAUUGAUCAAUCGUUGAGAUUAAAUCCAGCUCCAACUUUAGAAAAUCCCGAAAAUAGACGAAUUUGGGAAACCCUGAUUUAAGUUGUUUAUAAAUGUCCGCAGCAAUCAAUACAGUAAUCUUCGCCACCACCACCAAAUUAAUUGCAAAAUCAACGGCACCCUUAAAACCGUGUAAUCGGUUUCUCUUCAAUUCUCCUUCUUCUUCUCUCAUUAAAACCACUUCGUUUCCGAUCUCUGCAACUACCAUUCCGUGUUACAACUCUGGAAUCGGUCUGAAUCGGAGUAUUUUCCGUGCCUUCUCAUCAUCAUCGUCUGCUGUUAAUAAUACCAUGGCUGAUGUCUCCGAUUCUUCUAUGGAUGCUGUUCAGCGACGUCUUAUGUUCGAGGAUGAAUGUAUUUUAGUGGAUGAGAAUGACAAUGUUGUUGGCCAUGAUUCUAAAUACAACUGCCAUUUAAUGGAAAAGAUAGAAUCCGAAAAUCUGCUGCAUAGAGCUUUCAGUGUUUUCCUAUUCAACCCCAAAUAUGAGUUGCUACUUCAGCAACGAUCUGCUACGAAGGUAACCUUCCCCUUGGUUUGGACAAAUGCGUGCUGCAGCCACCCCCUUUAUCGAGAAUCUGAGCUUAUAGAAGAGAACUACUUAGGGGUUAGGAACGCUGCACAAAGGAAGCUGUUAGAUGAAUUGGGUAUUCCUGCAGAAGACGUGCCUGUCGAUGAGUUCACACCUCUAGGUCGAAUUCUGUACAAGGCUCCAUCAGAUGGCAAGUGGGGGGAGCAUGAAUUGGAUUAUCUACUCUUCAUUGUCAGAGAUGUGAAAAUGCACCCAAACCCUGACGAAGUUGCUGAUGUUAAGUAUGUAAAUCGUGAAGAACUGAAAGAUCUAGUAAAGAAGGCUGAUGCAGGUGAAGUAAAGCUAUCCCCUUGGUUCAGACUAGUUGUCGACAAUUUCUUAUUCAAAUGGUGGGACCAAGUUGAACAAGGUACACUUCAAGAAGCUGUCGACAUGAAAACCAUUCACAAGUUAACCUAGGAGUACAAGCACCAAUAUUAUACAUACAUGGCAAACCAAGUGUAAAUCGCACAAGAACGCUCGCGCCACGAACUUAGAUCUUUCAUAUCCUGUGUCAUGCAAUGCACGAUAAAUCAUGAUAUAUGUAGGUAGGCAGAAGACACAUAUUUGUGCUUAUGGUUUCGGGAGAUUGUAUCUGUGGGUCUGAUAAGUGAUAAUGUUGCUUGUUCUGGUAUAUCAUCAGGUAAAAUGUGCAAAAAGGUAAAAGUUAUUUGUUCAUUUCAAUCUUUUAAUAAGGUUUGAAAUUGUAGAACAUGGUGAUAUGUAUCAUAUUAAAACUAGUAAAAUAAGCAGAGAUUCUGCACGUUCCUAUUC